AUGGUGGCGUCGUUCUGGCACGUAGCUGUUGAUGAAAGAGAAUUAGAUGGUGACUUAAUUUUGAGAGAUAUAGGUCAAGGAUUGCCAUUUAAAGCUGGUACGUUUGAUGGUGCUGUCAGUAUUUCUGCGCUUCAGUGGUUGUGCUAUGCAAGCAAAACUUUGCACAAUCCUACAAAACGUUUAUAUCGCUUCUUCUCAACGUUGUAUACAUGUCCGUCAAGAAGCGCAAGAGCAGUGUUACAAUUCUAUCCAGAGAACGGUGAACAGGUUGUUGAAUUAAUCACGGCACAAGCCACAAAAGCUGGUUUUUAUGGCGGUGUGGUUGUCGAUUUUCCGAAUAGCGCAAAAGCAAAGAAAAUGGUCUUGGUUUUAAUGACCGGAGGAGUUGCUUCGCUUCCAAAGGCACUAGGCGUAGAGAACGAAGAUAGACAAACCGUCGCUAAUUCAAGAAGAGAAUACAUAAAGAAAGCCAAGGGUAAAUUAUUGAAGAAAAGUAGGGACUGGAUUUUAGAGAAGAAAGAAAGGCGGCGCCGGCAAGGAAAAGAAGUUAGAGAUGACUCCAAAUAUACUGGACGAAAGAGACCCGGGAGAUUCUAA